CCAGACUGCCCAUCGUUACCUUUACUUUACCACCUCUACAGACACCACCAAAACCACAACCAUCAUGGCGCCACUCGCUGAUACUGCUUCGAACGGCGGUUCUACCCUCUCGCUCGACCACCUCAUCACCGGCUCGGACAAGUACCACGCUGCCGCGACCAACGUUGCCAUCGCCGCCGAGAACGAGUAUGCCGCCCACAACUACCACCCGCUCCCCGUUGUCUUUGCCAAGGCUCAGGGCGUUCAUGUGUGGGAUCCCGAGGGCAAGCACUACCUUGACUUCCUUUCUGCCUACAGCGCCGUGAACCAGGGCCAUUGCCAUCCAGAGCUAGUCAAGGCCCUCACGGAACAGGCUUCGCGCCUCACCCUGAGCUCCCGCGCCUUCCAUAACGAUGUCUUCCCCGUCUGGGCCGCAAAGGUUCGCUCCGUCUUCGGAUACGACAUGGUGUUGCCCAUGAACACCGGCGCCGAGGCGGUCGAGACAGCCAUCAAGAUUGCGAGAAAGUGGGCGUACAAGGUCAAGGGCGUGCCACAUGACAAGGCCCUGGUGUUCAGCGCUGCUGACAACUUCCACGGACGGACGAUGACAGCCAUCUCCCUCUCCGUCGAUCCCGAGUCGCGUGAUAACUAUGGCCCUUACGUACCCCAGAUCGGCGCCGUUUCCCCUUCGACUGGCAAGACCAUCCGCUACAACAACAUUGCCGAUCUAGAAGAAGUACUAGAGGCGCAUGGAAAGGAGACCGCUGCCUUCAUCGUGGAACCCAUCCAGGGCGAGGCCGGUGUUGUUGUUCCCGACGAGGACUACCUCCAGAAGGUUUCCGCGCUUUGCAAGAAGCACAACGUUCUCUUUAUCUGCGACGAGAUCCAGACCGGUAUUGCCCGCACGGGUCGUAUGCUCUGCUCCGACUGGGCCAAUAUUAAGCCUGAUAUCAUCACCCUGGGCAAGGCCAUCUCGGGCGGCAUGUACCCCGUCAGCGCUGUUUUGGCUGACAAGGAGGUCAUGCUCGUCGUUGAGCCUGGUACUCACGGCUCCACAUACGGCGGUAACCCGCUUGGAUGUGCGGUAUCGCUCCGUGCGCUGGAGCUUGUAGAAGAGGAGGGCCUGGUAGAGAAGGCCGAGAAGCUGGGUCAGAUCUUCCGGGAAGGAGUGGAGGCGUUCAAGUCUCCCAUUGUUAAGCUCGUUCGCGGUAAGGGACUGUUGAAUGCCGUGGUUAUUGAUGAGUCUGCGGCCGCUGGGCGGACAGCCUGGGAUUUGUGCAUUUUGUUGAAGGAGAAGGGUGUCCUCGCAAAACCCACACACGGCAACAUCAUCCGCUUCGCUCCUCCGCUAGUCAUCACCGAGGAGGAGCUACGGGGUGCUAUCAAGACCUUCGGAGAGGCCCUGCAGGAGCUCCCAACUGUCACGAAGUCCGAGGGACAUUAGUUAAUGUUUGAGGAGGAUGGAGCGGCGUGUUGCGUUUUCACUCGGCAUGCACUGCAUUUGUUGUAACCCGGGCGCAACUGGUUUUUCUUCAAUGUUCGGAUACCCAGGGACUUGCGGAUAUCAGACUGAUUAUUGGGAAUAUCUCUAUCAUCCUGACCCUUGACGUCAGCGGGUAAUGGGAAAAGUUUAUAUACCACCAUGUAACACAGUUAAUCACCGGAAGGAACCACCCAUGAAUCAAACAAUACCAAGUGUGUUCACCCU